UAGCAAUCCUCCUCUCUGAUAUCCUGGACAAGCAAAUACCAGAUGAGGGGAUCCGGAAUAAGGUGCUCUGCAAAACAUGUUAUACCAGCUGCAUGGAAUAUAAUUCUAUGAAGUUCAAAUUACAAAAAAUAAAAGUAGAUCUUCUACAAAGCUACACAGACACAAAGAACAUUCAAGUCGCCGAGAAAGCACCGAAACCGGCUGGUAAAAAGAAAGUAGUUCUGCCAGCCUCCAAACUGCAGCCAUUGCCACCUGACUACGUGUUAAAUGUUGCUAACUUAGGACUGAGUCCCACAAAAAUAUUACCUAAACUUUCACGCGCACCUAGCCCAGGUACGAUAAGUCUUAAAGUAACUGUUGGAUCUUCGGUUCUAACACAAACGUUAAAAACAACCACUACAACGACUGCUAUACAAAAAAGUCCUGUAAAGUUGGCAACAUUGCAGAAUUCAAGUAUACAAUAUGAAGAUAUAAAGAAUUUUAAUAUGCCCAAGGAUUUUUUAACCAGUGCUGUGUUACUGAAGAACGGUGAGGAUGUAAAGCGGGAAAAUGGGGAAGCGGAGUUCGAGAAUACAGAUGAACAACCCAUGGAGAUUGAUGAAGAUUGUACCUUAGUAAGACUUCCGCGAAACGACAGCAACAUACUCAUCGAAGAUACUACAGAAAAGGAGACAUCAAACGAAGACAAAGAACAAUAUUUCGACGUAUCCAUAUUGCCUUUGGAAGAGACGGCAGGUGACGAUGACGGCGCCAUCCUCGGGAAGUUGCAGGUGGUGAUGCACGACGCCAACGACCAGGAAGACGGCGAUCAAACAAUAGUAAUGUCGGAUGCGAAUGGAUCAAUCCUGCGCGUAAUGUCGGGGCAAAAGCUAGUCUAUCAGAACGGAGAGAUUACUUUGGUGCCUGAUGACGAGAACUCCAACGCCGGGGACGAUAAUAACGAAAUUGAUGGAAAUGAAUCCAAUGAUGAAUCUCAAAUAGAGCUAGAAGUGGCUGGUGACGAAGAGACAGCAAACGCUAUUAUCGCCGCUGCACAAGAGCAAGGAGGAGCAUUUAUAAAAGUAGAAUCGGGUGAGAUGUUCCGAGUGAAAUCAGUGCAAAGCACCACAUCCUCCACAUCGCAACCCUCCACUGAAUCCUCCAGGAUUGAAUCCGCUGGGAUUCAAACCUCAGAGAUUGAAACCUUGAGGGUUGAACCAACAUCACCCGAGCCGCCAACAGUACAAGUUGCAAAAUGGGAGAAUGGAGAAUUUCGCUGCUUGCUCUGUAACAAUACGAAUCAGGAAUCUCCAACAGUGGACGCGGAGGUGAUCAUGUUCCACCUGCGAACAGUACAUGAUGCCAGGGUCUAUAUCUGCCAGAUCUGCAAGAAGUUUAUGCGAAAACGGACUGAUUAUACAGCACAUUUGGAGGAACACGCACUAAAACUAAAUAAGCCCACGGACAAAGCCAAGAUCCACGAAUGCAACAUCUGCAAGAAGAAAUUCACGUCUCGAAUGUUGUUGAACGAACACAUGAACAUACACAGCGGGAGCAGGCCGUACACGUGUACCGUCUGUAACAAGUCUUUCGCCUCGAAAUACACGCAUCAGGCCCAUCUGAAGACGCAUUUGGAGCGUCCUCGUCCGUUCAAAUGCGAGCAGUGUUCGAAGACAUUCUUCACUCAGCAGAACUUGACUCAACACGAGAAAACACACCUCGGAAUCAAAGACUUCAUUUGUAAUGUUUGUGGCAAAGCGUUCGGGACUCAGCACAACCUGGAGGUGCACGGGGUGGUGCAUUCGGGGAACAAGCCGUUCGUGUGCGGCGUGUGCGCCAAGGCCUUCGCGCGCCGCGCAGAGGUCAAGGACCACAUGAGGAUCCACACGGGCGAGCGGCCCUUCGUGUGCGGGCGCUGCGGCGCGUGCUUCGCGCAGCGCUCGAACCUGCACUCGCACACGCGCGCCACGCACCUGGACGACAAGCGCCACCAGUGCCAGCACUGCCCCAAGCGGUUCAAGCGCCGACGGCUCCUGGACUACCACAUAAAGGCCUCUCACACAGGCGAACGCCCUCUGGAAUGCGAGCUGUGCCACGCCACAUUCGUCUACCCGGAACAUUAUAAGAAACACACAAGGAUACACAGUGGGGAAAAACCCUACGUUUGCGAGGUGUGUGGCAAGUCAUUCAAUUCGCGGGACAAUCGCAAUAUGCAUCGUUUCGUGCACAGUGACAAGAAGCCCUACGAGUGCCUCGUCUGCGGGGCAGGUUACAUGAGGAAGCAGCUGCUGUACCAGCACAUGAACGCUAGCGGUCACUUAGCUGAGUCGAUAGUGGUGAACCAGCCGCGGGUGCAAAAAGUCGAAUCUAUAGGUGCUGCCUCAAAAGCCAAAGUACAAAAAGUAGAUAAGGCACCACUAAAUAUAAUUAGUGACGAUUUGAUAUUAGAUACUACUGAUGCAAACGCAGUUGCAGCCAAAUCGAUAGAUGCAGACAAUGAAACUACAAAAUACUAUUAUGAAAUUACUGACGACAAGAAACAAGAUGGAAGCAAAGCUGCAACAGUAAAUCUACUACAAGAAACAGACGACCCAUCGUUAUUUACAAUUAUACAUAACCUCGAGGAUGUGACCAAAGCCGAUUCUCUUCAAAGCAGUACAACGGAGCAGUUAGGGCAACAAGUACACAUGGUAACUAGCGACGAAAACGGAGGUAUCAGAUUGGUUCAAUUCCACAUACCACCUGGCGCCACGAGUUGGGCAAUCAAUCAAGAGUGAACAUUAAAUUACAAUGUAUUAUUGUUUAUUCUCAAUAUCUCCUAGUCAUAUUGUGCCAAGCGGUGCUUAUACCCCGCUUACCUUUCCUAAAUAAGGCCUAUUAAUGUAUUGAGCACCGAUCUGCCUCUAAAUAAAAACGUACUUAAUUCUGCUUGUAUUUUAAUAAUUUUGCAGCACGCACUAAAAUGAAAUCAGUUGUUAAAUUUAGCAUUUAAAUUAUCUAAUUAUAGGUAUUUAUUUACUGUAUUGUAAGGACGAUGAAUUAAAAUAAAUA